GUCUUCUGUCAUUCGCAGCGUGUUCUCUCUCAAUCGAACUUUAUUUUAGGAUACGCUCCAAAAACAUAAUUUUGUAUAAAAAGGCAUGAGAGGUGCCGGAACUCUUAUCCCAGCUCGUUUUCUGACCCUCAUCGGGCACCUUUGUGUACUCGUAACGCUGCUAUGGGAGAGCCAGGAGAGCGGCAGACAUUGUUUGCCAAGCCAGCACCACACGGAAUUUAUCCAGAUUUAUCACAACCGGUUGGUCGCGGGCUUUGCGGCGUCUGUUGUGUUCAUAGUCAUCGAGCUAACGACCUUCAUACUCGGACUAACCAUGUUCUCUCCCUCCGUCUCUCUCAUCUCCAUCGCCGCGCACGGCUCAGCCGCCAUCCUCCUCUCAUACUUCGUUCUGGACGGCUGGCUUUGCGACUGGUACUGGCCGAUCUUCUCCCUCUGCUCUGUGCUGCCGGCCAUAGUGGACAUGACCACGGCACUGAUGACCAUGUGCUCUAACAAGUGGUGAUCAGAAGAAGCGCUCUAGGUUAAGUUAGGAUAAGGAUGAUUUGCAGCAAGUUUUUUGGGAUAUUUGUAACCGAGCAUCAGCAUUUGACGGAGUCCCACGAAUACAAGCCAGGAUGGUCGUUCUACCUGGUGCUGGCUGGAGUAGCCACCACGCUGGGGUCCUCGCUGCCUGUAGGGUUCAACAUUGGAGUCGUUAACACCCCUGCUGAUCUGCUAAAGUCCUUCUGUAACGAGAGCAUAUCCGCCCACUACGGCUUAGAGCUUGACGAGGGCUGGCUCAAUGUGCUGUGGGCGGCAGUCGUCUCCAUUUUCAUCGUGGGCGGAUGCACUGGCUCUAUACUGGGCGCUGUGCUCGCUGACCGCUUUGGAAGGAAGAAGGCGACGAUAGCUAUAAGUGGGCUAUGGGUUGCAGGGGCUCUGAUGUUCGGCUUCUGCCGCGCCGCCAACUCCGUAGAAAUGCUCAUCCUGGGCCGGCUGCUCGUCGGCUUAUCUGGAGGUUUGACCACGAGCAUAGUGCCGAUGUACCUGACGGAGCUGGCGCCGCUGGCGCUGACGGGGGCCAUGGGGGUCGCGUGCCCCAUGGGGGUCAACGUGGGGGUCCUCGUGGGACAAGUCAUGGGUCUUAAGUUUUUGUUAGGUGGCGCGAACGAUUGGCCCUACUUAUUGUCCGUCUACGUGUUGCUAGUCAUUUUUUGUUUACCCUUACUUUUUAUUUUACCUGAAAGUCCAAAAUAUCUUUUUGUUGUUAAGAGAGACGAAGAAGGUGCUUUAAGAGAGCUAAGCCGCCUUCGGGGCGUGUCCACAAGCGUUCUAAACGAGGACAUAGAUAUGCUUCGCGAAGAAGCUCGCGCGUCAAACGCUUCAGCGGGAGGCGAGCAACACUGGAGCAUGAUACGGGUGUUGAAAGACCCGAGGUUACGGCUGCCUCUGUUGCUAGCAUGUUCCAUGCAAGCAGGACAGCAGACUAGCGGUAUAAACGCGGUGUUCUACUACUCUCAAACGAUCUUCAAGCAGGCAGGACUGGACGAGGCACAGUCACAGUACGCGACUAUAGCGUGCGGGUUCAUCAACGUGUGCACAGCAUUGCUGAUGCUGUGGCUGCUACCACGCGCUGGUCGUCGUCCGCUGCUGCUAGGGUCAAUACUGGCGGCCGCUGCGAUACUGGCUGGGCUGGCCGCUUCUAUGAAGUUCAUGGCCGUGGUGUCGUGGAUGCCGUACGUUUGCAUGGCGGCGGUGCUGGGCUACGUGCUAGUCUACGGGUUCGGACUCGGGCCCAUCCCGUAUUUUAUUGCCUCAGAGAUCUUCGAAGUAGGUCCUCGUCCUGCGGGCAUGGCUUGGGGUUCUCUAGCCAACUGGGGCGGCAACUUCGUGGUGGGCAUGUCUUUCCCCACCAUGCGUGACUGCCUCGGGCCCUACUCCUUUAUAGUCUUCGCUGUUAUCACUGCCAUGCUGUUUGUCUUCCAGAAGUUAUACUUCCCCGAAACGCGCGGCAAGACGCCAACACAAAUUACGCAACUGUGCAGCCGAGGUUUCCGCUCGAAGCCGCUACGCAGCGCCACCGCGCUAGGACCAGUUUGACGGCGCCUGCGCACCGCGCGGGAAUCUAAUAGUUAAUGUUACUGCACAUCCAGUUAAACUAUAAAUAUAGCGCUUAACUGAUUCAUGCCCGUUUUCACCAUCAAUCCCUAGUUUUCAAGUGACCCAUAUGGUAACACAACAGGAAUUUUGUUUUGAUAGGGGUCACUUAAAUUAAGGAUUGGUAGUGAAAACGGGUAUCAAUGCCUGAGGUAUGAGAGCGGCAUGGGAGGGGUGACAUUUACAUAUUUGGCGAGUAAAUAGCCACACCAGGAAUAUUUGCGAAGAAGAGAAAUGAUGCGGGGGUCGGUUGGUGACUCCAAACAACUCAAAAAUACAGCUGCAUAAAACGGAAACCACCAACCUGCGGAUCAGGAGACGGAGACCAGGCUUCGAGGGUCGACCCGUCGAUAUUUCUUGCGGUUUACUUGCGGUUUUGAUUAUUACAUUAUAAGUUCAGAGGUUUUUUUCCAUUUGACAGACGUUCAAAGACAACGAGUGCUGUUUUUUUUUUUUUUCUUUUUUUAUUGAGGUUUCUCGCGUGACACUUAACACUGGCCACUUGGCUCCUGCGAAGGUGCUGGCCCCGAAUCCGAUAAACAGAUUGGCGGGAAACCAUCUCAUACAGCUAGAUAAUUUUGAGAGUUGGAGCCACCGAAGAAAAGGAAGAUAUGAAAUUUGGGCAUAGGCCCAACCAAUAUUAUUAUUAUGACGUGACAGAGCAUACAACUCUGAAGUAGAUCUGAAGUCUCGCUGACGUUUCACCGUUAUAAAAACACCUCCCGAGCCGCUCCCAUUCCUCAGGCACUUCUCAGUUAUGCGAUAGAUA